UACAACAACAAAGGAGUGUCAAAGUUUUCAAGACCAUCACAGCUAGCUGGCUUUAUAAUAUUGUAUCAUAUUGAUGCAGACUCCCAAUAUAUGGUCGAUUGUUAAAGUCCGAACGAGUCUGGUGAAUGCAGGGAAUGAUGAGAUUGGGAAGGAUUGGUCUGGACAGUUGGAAUUGAUGGUCAUUGUAGGCGCAUGACUCAAAGAUGAUCCGGAUUGCAGCACUAAAUGCAGCCUCAGCCGCUGCUGAUGAGUCUGAAGACCCUCUGAAAACUAAAAAGAGUCGAACUAAGGAGGCUCAGGAAGCAGAGGCAUUUGCUUUGUAUCAUAAAGCAUUAGAUCUUCAAAAGCAUGACAAGUUUGAGGAGUCUGCCAAGGCCUAUCAUGAACUCCUUAAAACCCCAUUGCUCAAAGAGGCAAUGCCCUCGGACGACCAAAAGGUGGGUCUUAAGCAUCCAGGACUGAUGCUGAAAUACUCUACCUUCAAAAACCUGGCUAGUUUGGCUGCGCUGCGGGAUGAUUUGGAGACAGCCAUGGAAUUUUACUUGGAGGCUGUGAUGCUGGAUUCCACUGAUGUGAACAUGUGGUACAAGAUUGGUCAGGUGGCUGUGCGACUGCUGCGCAUUCCUUUGGCGCGGCAUGCCUUUGAGGAGGGUCUGCAAUGUAACCCAGACCACUGGCCCUGUCUGGACAACCUCAUUACUGUUCUCUACACACUCAGUGACUACAGCUGCUGUUUGUAUUUCAUCUGCAAAGCCCUGGAAAAGGAUCAUUGUUACACCAAAGGGCUGGUGUUGAAGGAGAAGAUCUUUGAAGAGCAGCCUUGUCUGAAGAGGGACUCCAUGCAAAUGUUCCUGAAGUGUGACAUGUCCAUUCACUAUGUGGAGGUGGAUGAGGAGGAGACCCAGGCCAUUGUGGAGGAGGCAAUGGAUCUGCGACGGCGCAGGCAGGCUCUCUCUGCCCGGGAACCCAAACCAGACCUGGUCCUGGUCCAACCCAUCCGCUGUUUCUCGUGGAAGAAUGUUGGAGAGAGCCUCCUUGCCAUGUACAGACAUCAGACCAUCUGCGAGCCGCCACGCCCAAGUCUGGGCCGCAGGAUUGACCUGUCCCAGUACUGCGACCCCAACUGCCUCCAGGCCUUGCCUCCUGAGCCCUGCCCUCCUGUCAGUGAGAUCCAGACCAUCCCCAGCAGCAGCCCCAGCUCCUCCCUGCCUCCACUUCCUGUCCCUGAGCCAUCAGCACUGUCCCAGCCCAGCCCUGUGGUUCAGAUCACACAGAGCCAGACUGUAGAGGUCACUACAACUACAGCCCCCUCUGUUGCUGUGGAAACCUCCUUCACUGUGAAGGAGAAGGAGAAAAAGGCCCCUAAGAGGAGACGCACAAUGGAGGACAGUGGAGACACUGCCAAGCGCCGCUCAGCUCGGGUCAGAAACACAAAGUGCAAGAAGGAGGAGAAGAUUGACUUCCAGGAGCUGCUGUUCAAAUACCUACCAUCCAGACUAAAGAAGUUUGACCUUGAGGAUGAUGAUGAGAGCCUGAGUAACCUGGAAGCUCAGUGUGAAGUCAAGCAGGACUCCCAGCUGCUCCAUGGCACUAGCGGCAUGCCUUUAGACUCUAUUGAAUAUAUGGAAUCAGAACAACAGGAUGUCCACAACUUCGUGCUCAAUAAUAUGAGCAAUGGUGGGAUAUUAGAGUUGAUGAUGCGCUAUCUGAAAGCGGUGGGUCAGAAGUUCAUGGAGGAGUGGCCUCGGGGGCUGACUGCAGUGGUGCUGGAGGUGUAUCACAGCUGGAGGAAGCACAGUAGUGGCCUCCCCAACCCUCUGCUCCGCGACUGCAGUAAUCAACACAUACGGGAAAUGUUUCUGAUGAGCCUAUCAUGUAUGGAGCUUCAGUUGGAGCAAUGGUCACACAGCAAAGGCAAAAAUGGGUCCCCGAGAAAGUGCAGUGGAGGCCAGAGCAGUGUUGUGUGUGAUGCAGAGUUCCCAGGGCAGCACUUUGAAGGGGACCUGUUACAGCUGGCCCUGGGAUCAUCACAGGGGAACCUGUUUGAGGACAACUGGGUGGCCGUGGUGGUACGUGUUUACUGGCUCAAGGCACGCUUCUUGGCCCUGCAGGGAGACAUGGACCAGGCCCUGGAGAGCUAUGAUGUGUGUACAGACAUGCUGCAGAGUCACACACAGACCACAGAGGAGGACAAGUACACCAUCUACCUGCCCAACCUGCGUGUGGAUGCAGCCAUCUCAGUGGAGGAGAUUGAUAAGAAGCUGAAGUCUCUGGAGCGUUGUCAGUCCCUGGAGGAGAUCCAGCGUCUGUUUGAGUCUGGGGACUAUGAGUCUGUGGUGCGGCUGCUGCAGCCCACCCUCAGCUAUGGCUCUGGGCGGGUCAAGCCUCUGGAGUUUGUCAGCUCUGUUCCUGAGAGGCCUGCCCAGCUGCUUCUGCUACAGAACUCCCUGUUGAAGCAGAAGGACUACCGUCAGUGUCUGGAGUGCACCGAGGUGGCCCUGAACGAAGCCCUGCAGCAGCUCAACGCUGUCCCAGCCAGCUCUCACUCGGCCAAAGAGGAAUGGGUGUCCACCAUCACAACGCUGCUGGGAGGCAUCGAGGUCUGCUUCACAGAGGACCCUCAACUCCUGAGCAACGUCAACCGCUACACCAGCAUGGCCCGGCUGGCCAACAACCUCAUCCAGCUGAUUGACUGCAUCAUGGUGAUCCCAGAUGAUCCCAAGGAGCCUAAUUUCUCCUCGGUCCUGCCCUGGAUUCUCCUGCACCACAUCAUCAAGCACGAGGAGACUGCUUUCAACUGCCUGCUUCGCCAGCACAUAUCUGUAGGGGACGAUGAAGAAGACUCUAACACCCCCAUGCUACCCUCCUCCCUGAUGCUGCUCAACACGGCCCAUGAGUAUCUGGGUCGCCGCUCCUGGUGCUGCAAGUCAGACGGAGCUCUGCUCAAGUUCUAUGUUCGUGUUCUGGAGAAGGAGCUGGCUGUCUCUAAAGCGGAGCCCACCCAUCCCUACAAAGAGGAGUUGGAGAUGGCCUUGGAGCAGUGCUUCUACUGCCUGUACGCCUACCCCAGCAAGAAGAGCAAGGCCCGCUAUCUAGAGGAGCACUCCGCUCAACAGGUGGAACUCCUGUGGAGCAAUGCCCUCUUCAUGUUCCAGUACUUCAAGCCCAAGACUCUGCCUGAGUUUGACAGCUACAAGACGAGCACGGUGUCUGCUGACCUGGCCAACCUGCUGAAGAGGAUCUCUGGCAUUGUGCCCCGAAGUGACACUCCCAUCCUCACCAUGGAUGAGGUGUCAGCCUACAUCGAGGGCACGGCUGGAAAGGAGCCAGUACCUUGCCUUCCUGAGGGGGGCGCUCCAGCACCCCCUGUGGUCAAUGAGAUCUUCUACCUCCUGGCUGACUACCACUUCAAGAACAAGGAGCAGUCCAAGGCCAUCAAGUUCUAUAUGCAUGACAUCUGUGUUUGUCCAAACAGGUUUGACUCCUGGGCUGGCAUGGCUCUGGCGAGGGCCAGCCGCAUCCAGGACAAGCUCAACUCCAACGAGCUGAAGAGCGAUGGCCCCAUUUGGAAGCACUCCCUGCCUGUGCUCAACUGCUUUAAGAGGGCCCUGGAGAUCAACAGCUCCAACCUGGCUCUGUGGAUCGAGUACGGCACCAUGUCCUACGCCCUGCACUCCUUCGCCUCACGCCAACUCAAACAGUGGAGGAGCGCGCUGCCCGCUGAGGUCGUCAAACAGAUGGAGGAGAGGAGAGAUACCAUGCUGGAGACGUCGUCCCAGUGUUUCCAGGGGGCGUCUCGGUGUGAGGGGGAUAGUGAUGAGGAAGAGUGGCUCAUCCAUUACAUGCUGGGGAAGAUAGCUGAGAAACGCAAGCAGCCACCCCGGGAAUACGUCGAGCUCUACAAACAGGCAGCACAUUAUCUGCAUGAGGAGGCUGCCAGAUACCCUCGGAAAAUACACUACCACAAUCCCCCUGACUUGGCUAUGGAGGCCCUGGAGCUGUACUUCCGUCUGAGUGCCACCAUCCUAAAGCUGCUGGAGGCUGAGGAACCGGACCUGGAGCAUGAGAUCUUCUUCAACAUCCUCGCUGAGGCAGCCACCGGACCCUUCGCCAGGGGGGAAGAGAAGAGCAUGCCCAGGUCCCACGAAAAGGAGAAGCCCCUCUCCAUGAUGGACGAGGACUCCCACUGCUCUGUGUCGUCUGUGUGCGCUGCGGCGGAUGUUCAUGGGGCCUCCCUCCCCUCCAACGCUGCAGGUCUGACAUCCCCACCUUACACGGCCACUCCGGUCGACCACGAUUACGUCAAACGUAAAACCCUCAGGCGGCAGCAGCAGCAGACGUGGCAGCAGCAGCAUGAGGAGCAGCAGCAGGCUGAUGGUACAGUCCCAGUCCUAGACUCUGCCUCUGGGCCUCUGGGCCCUUCCUUCACUGGGCUGGAGCGCAGUCAGGACAGUGUGGUGGUGAUGCUGUCUGACUCCAACUCCACCCAGGAUGCCUUCACAGACCCCGCCAGCUCCCAGGACAGUAGCCAUGUUAAGCUGCAGUCUCAGUCUGGAAAGGGCAGUACGUCUUCAUCUGAGAACACCACCCCCAUCAAGGAGGGCCAGCCUACAGUUGAAGACACAGGCUCACAAGGGGGAAGAAGCAACGAGGGCGGGACUGUAAUCUUGCUGGAGGUCAAAGAACAACUCCAAGAAGUAGAAGACACAAUGUCAGUGACCGUACCUGAGGCUGAUGCCCUAAAGCCGACCAUAGAUCCCUGCCCUCAUCCACUGCCUGUUCCAUCCACCCCACCAAAGGCCUCGUCCACUCCCCAGGCCACCCCCCAAACCCCCACUCCCCAGGCUACCCCGCAGACUCCCGCCAGCGAUGGGAAGAGCCGUCACCAGAGGUGGCCCGAGCCCCCUCCAGAGGUGGUGGAGGUGCCCAAGGCCCUUCCCGCAGAGCGGAAUGAACAGCGCCACAUGCUGGUGGAGAUGUGUGUCCGUGCUCUCUUCCUCUGCCUGAGCCGCUUCCCUCAGCACUACAAGAGCCUCUACCGCCUGGCCUUCUUCUACACCAACAGCAAGACCCAACAGAAUCUGCGGUGGGCACGAGAUGUGUUGCUAGGAAGCAGUGUCCCAUGGCAACAGCUGAAGCACAUGCCAGCACAAGGACUUUUCUGUGAGAGGAACAAGACAAACCUGUUCAAUGGCAUCUGGCGUAUUCCAGUGGAUGAGAUAGAUCGGCCCGGAAGUUUUGCAUCUCAUAUGAACAGAUCCAUCGUUCUCUUGCUGGAGGUGCUGUCUCAGCUGAAGGAUCACGACACACUACUCAAAGUGUCUUUCAUGCUCCAGAGAACCCCUGACCAGGGAAAGAAGUAUUUGCGGGAUGUGGAUCGUCAGGUUUUGGCCCAGAGAGCAUUUUUCCUAGCUGUAAAAGUCCUGGAGGACAAUCUGAACAAACUCACAGGGGUGUCGGUGCAGCCUUCCAUGGGUGAGAUGACGACCACGGACACAUCCAACAGGCCUAGUGCAGAGGACCGCAGUCAUGUACUGCCUAAGAAGCCUGGGCUCACUGAGGGGCCCCAGGUCACUGCCCGAGCCCCAGGCCCUGACUCUGGGCCGCAGGAAACCCCUCAGGCACAGCCAGCUCUGCUCGCCACAGACGGAGACAGGGGAGAUCAGCAGCAGGGAACUCCAUCUGGGAAGGUGGAAGCUCCUGCUGCUGCAGGGGAGGGGGCCAGAGCAGGGCCAGAGGAGCCCAUGGAGCUGGACACUGGCCACUGGGGGCGUCCCUUCAAGACCACAGACUUUCAGGGCAUCCAACCAGACACUGAGCCCCCCAGAACUGUCCUGGAGCCUGGGGAGAAAGUGGCUUUGAGCAGCCGGGCACCAGAGCUUUCUCUGGAGGACCUGAGCAUUAGCUCCAGACAGCAUCAGCUCCAGGGACCGGUAGCUAAGGGCCCAGUGGCAGCCUGCGUAGCAGAGCAGGGACUAGCCCAGGGGACGCUACGCAGGCCCAGCAGGAAGAGGAAGCUCCUGGAUGAUGUGGAGUCAGGCAAAACUCUUCUGAUGGAUGCCUACCGGGCGUGGCAGCAGGGCCAGAAGGUCAUGACCUACGACCUGGAGCGCAUUGAGAAGAUAAUGUCAGAGACGUACAUGCACAUUAAGCAGGUGGACGAGGAUGUGGCGCUGGACCAAGCAGUGAAGUUCUGCCAGAUACAGAUGGCCACGUCAGCACAACGACAGUCUGCCAGUGAUGCCCCGACAACACCUAAGUACUCCAAGGAGCACCGCGACAUCUUCUUCCCUGCCUCUCUGCCCACCCCAGUCCUGCUCAGCCACGCUGCCUGCCACCCCCUGUCUGUCCAGGAUAGCCAAACCAAACUCCAGUACGAGCCCCUGGGCAAGGUGCCCAGACCUCCAGCCAGCGGCUCCCACGAGCAUUGUCAGCCCCAGCACAGGAGAGCCCCCCUGCCCAUCCACCUUGCUUCAACUAUGGCCUUCCACCCCCAAACAGAGGAACGUGAGGAGCCCCCAGAGGGACUGUCCUACAGACAGCAGGAGUCUCAUCUUUGCCAACAAAUGAAGCUGGCCACUGUGUCCCCAGGGCAGGAGGCUGCAGGCUGGCACCAUGACGAGCCUGCUUCCUGUAGUGCCACACAACCCUGCUCAGACCAGCAGCUGUAUGGCAGCAGUGAACAGUCCAAGAUGUCGGACCCUAGUCGUAUCCGCUCGCGCAUCCCCCCCAACAUGCCAAAGCUCUUCAUCCCCUCCACCGUCACCAAGUUCCCCCCGGAGAUCACCGUCACCCCGCCUACUCCCACCCUGCUCUCCCCCAAAGGAAGUAUUUCAGAGGAAACCAAGCAGAGACUCAAGAACGUGAUCCUGUCCUCCCAGUCGGCGGCCACAGUGAAGAAGGAGACGCUGAGCCAGCCAGCCCUGGAGGUGCAGGAGACCUCCAGCCAGGAGUCAUCUCUGGAGAGUGAAUCAGACGAUGGGGAUGAGGAGGAUGAUUACAUGGACAUCUGAGCCACUGCUACAAGACUGAACAAACCCAGGCCACUCCUUCGAGCUAGACCUGACUACCAUCAAACCCCUCCACCUCCCCCCUUGUCUUGAAAUGAUGGAAUGGUACAUGUCACUGCAGCUAGUGUCUCUGUGUUGGUGCAGUUGGUCUAUCUUGUAAUUUCAAGCUGUCUGAAUGAAAAAAAGCUAUUGAAGUGAAAAUGUGCAAAUGCGCAAUGUUCUGCUCUUGACACUGGAUGACUGGGGAUGUUUUUAGUUCAACAACAAUUUAGCAAAGUGCCAUUUACACUUAUCACACCUGCCAGCUAACCAAGCUCUCUGUAGUCUUUCACAUGAAGGUGUAGAAUGAUGAUCUACACUUACUGUAAGUUAAAUGGUCAGAAUUGGUGGUGGAUUGUUGCUAUGCAGAUACAUUCUUAGCAUGCAGUGCAGUUGGCAUCCUUGGCUGUGAUUUAUACAUCUUGCACAUGUAAUGGGGACUAGAAUUUGGCCUGCUUGUACUGUAUGUUUCAACUGCAGCUAAAUCCUUGUUGUGAUGCAACAUCCCACACUGAGGUGCUUCAACAUGAUGAAAUGUGCCAUGGCAACAUAUCACAGCUGCCAGACAACUUCUGUCCAUACACAUUGAUAUAGGAAUCUAAACGGCGAGAAAUACACAGUUGUAUGUGACCUGUAUUUUCAUGGACACUAAGAUUAACUAAGGACUGCAAACCAGAGUUUUAUAUAGGGCUCCUAAAGCAAUGUUGAGGACCCUACUUCUCCAAGCCUAAUAACCUGUAGCAGAUUGGAUAUGUUUACACUUCCAAGUGGGAUGUCUUUGAUUUGUCUCUUGUUUAUGUUCUAUUUUUGUACUCAACUGUAUUAUAUCAAGUCUUGUUUGAUUUUGUCCUUUUGUUUCUGUGUGGAUUUGUAGCUUGGAGGACCCUUUUUUUUCCAGGAGGAGGUCCUGUCACCAGCAUUGCUCAGAAUAAUAGACAAAGUGAUGUUUUGGAUUAGUCUGAAUUAGCUUUUGUACAUAUCACACUUAAAACAUAUUCUCAAAUGAGGCAACUCUUACAUGGUCCGGGUGUUUAUUUAGCGUUGGGGUCAAGUACACCUCCAUUCUAGUAAAUUCAGGUAGCACAUUGAAAUUGAACUAAUUAAUAUGUAUGUUCAUCAGUAGUUUCAGUUUUAUUUGCUGAAUUCGUUGGCAUUGGAAUGGAAGGUGUGGAUGUUCCUAAUUCAGAGAAAAUGCCUUGGUAAAUAUGUUUAAAUUCUAUGUCAACUCAGAGGAUGACAAUAGAAUGUUUUUUACAGAUAGUUUCUAUAAAAAGGAUAUUUACCAUAUGUUUCUUGUAAAUUGUCUAUAAGAAGACUUUUUAAAAAGGAAAAAAUUAUGAACGAAUAAUUGUAAAGCAUCAUCACCCAAACAAGUCUUGCUUGACUACCUACCUGUAAAUGGAUGUUUGUAUUUUUUGGUGUAAAAUACUGUUUUGUAUUUCUACUGCUGAGCUUCUUAUGGGAAUGUAUAAUGGCUGAGAGGGUUUUCUUCUGCUCUUCAACCUUAAACCUUGGCUCAGGCUGGGGAGUUGUUGUUCUCUACAUAUUAACUUGCCGCAUUAAAGAUGUCACAAACCAAAAAUAUACGUGAUACACUC